UUACCGAGCCUGCUGAGAAGUAUUUGUCAUUAAUAGUUCCAGCAUAUAACGAAGAACAGAGACUUCCUGCAGCUCUUGAAGAAACAAUGGACUACCUUCAAGAUCGUGCAUCACGGGACAAGAGUUUUUCUUUUGAGGUAGUGAUUGUUGAUGAUGGAAGUGUGGAUGGAACAAAAAGAGUAGCUUUUGAUUUUGUUAGAAAGCACACAGUUGACAACAUAAGGGUUAUACCCCUUGGGAAGAAUCAAGGCAAAGGAGAAGCUAUAAGAAAGGGAAUGAUGCAUUCGCGGGGUCAGCUACUUCUCAUGUUGGAUGCUGAUGGAGCAACUAAAGUAACCGACCUAGAAAAACUUGAAAAUCAGAUUCUUGCAGUAGCCAGAGAAGAAUAUUCAAUCAGAAAUCCAGCAUCUAAGGAAAUGGAUUUCAGAAUAGGUGAUGUUCAAGUAUCCGCAUUUGGUUCUCGUGCUCAUCUCGAGGAGAAAGCCCUUGCUACAAGGAAAUGGUAUCGCAACUUUCUGAUGAAGGGUUUCCAUCUUGUGGUUCUAUUAGCUGCUGGUCCUGGUAUUCGAGAUACACAGUGUGGCUUCAAGAUGUUUACUAGAGCUGCUGCUAGGAAGCUUUUCACAAACGUCCAUCUGAAAAGGUGGUGCUUUGAUGUUGAACUGGUGUACUUGUGCAAGCGAUUUAACAUUCCAAUGGUUGAGAUCUCUGUGAAAUGGUCUGAAAUCCCCGGGUCUAAAGUCAAUAUGUUGAGCAUUCCAAACAUGCUUUGGGAGCUUGCUUUAAUGUCUGUGGGAUACAGAACUGGCAUGUGGAAGAUCCAUCAACCUCGAGACGCAUAGACAACACACAUAUAGUUUUUUUCUCUAUGGAGAGAAACCUCAGUCCACGACGGGUUUACUGCAGAGACCAGAGAGGAUAUAGUUUUGAUGUCUCUGAUGAAGCAAAAGGAGAGCCAAGACGAUGGAAGAUAUGUUGAGUCCUUCUUUCAAUAGAUGUAAUAAACAAUCUUAACGAGAUUAGAAAUUAUGUAAUGAAACUACUACAGCUCUAGAUUUUGUUUGUUUUAGUCAUGACUCUCAAACUUUCCAAUGAUCAUCAUGCUCUCAGUCUCA